CUGUGAAAAUGCGGCGUCGCACCGGUCGCACGACCACGCAGAAAGCAAGCAAGUGGACAAGAAGAUGGACGAUUUCUCAUAGCGUGAAGGAGAUAACAGUAAUAUAUUUAUCGCUGCAAAUACACUGAUUACGAGCACAAUGCCUGCGCCAGAAGUCGCGGUACCGCAGCCGCCGGCCACUGAGAACGAGGAGAACAACGUUCCCUCGUCGCAACCGAUCGUGGGCAUCAUUUAUCCGCCGCCUGAGGUUAGGAAUAUCGUUGAUAAAACCGCCAGUUUCGUAGCCAGGAACGGGCCGGAAUUUGAAUCCAGGAUCAGACAGAACGAGUUGGGCAAUCCCAAGUUCAAUUUUUUGAACUUUGGUGAUCCUUAUCAUGCUUACUAUCAGCAUAAAGUAAAGGAAUUCAAGGAAGGGAAAGGUCAGGAACCCACGGUAGGUUCAGCUCCUGGGAAAACCGUUAAUCUCACCGCGCAUCAAAAGCAGCAAGAAAUCUUGAAGCAAGUCGAACAACCGUUUGUACCCAAGGAUCCACCAACCGAGUUUGAAUUUAUCGCAGAUCCUCCUUCUAUAUCUGCUUUGGAUCUAGACAUUGUGAAGCUAACCGCUCAAUUUGUUGCACGUAAUGGAAGACAGUUUUUGACCAACUUAAUGAAUCGUGAGCAAAGAAAUUUCCAGUUUGAUUUCCUGCGGCCUCAGCAUUCCUUGUUUCAGUAUUUUACUAAACUCUUGGAGCAGUACACCAAGGUACUGAUUCCACCAAAAGAUUUAUUGCCGCGUCUCAAGGAUGAAGCACUCAAUAUGGAUAAAAUUUUGGAACAGGUGAAAUAUCGUGCAGAAUAUUUAAAAUAUCAAGAAGCACAAAGACGUAAGGAGGAGGAGGAAUUGGAAAGGGAAAGGGUUGCCUAUGCACAAAUUGACUGGCACGAUUUCGUCGUAGUUGAGACUGUGGAUUAUCAACAGUUUGAAGUCGGUAAUUUCCCAGCGCCGACAACACCAGACGAAGUCGGCGCACGUGUCCUUAUGCAGGAACGUAUAGAAGAUGGUGAGGAUGUAGAAAUGCAAAUUGAUAGUGACGCAGACGAUGAAACGCAGACUCGCACAGACGGCGAGAAAACCGAUCGUGCGAAAGAUAAUAAUCAAGUGCAAGAUAUGGAGGAAGAUUCUAGCGAUGAGGAUGAUGUGUCUCCACCAGGUGACACUCACAAAUCUAAAGAACCCAAACCACGAGAAACGAGCAUGCAACCGCCUCCAUUGCCGCCUACGCCAGGAAACGUGGUAGUUAAGAAAGGAUACGAUCCAAAACAACAUGCUCCUAAAACUAGUCGUCCUGCGGCUCCUGAUGAGUACCUGAUUUCUCCGAUUACUGGCGAACGUAUUCCCGCUAGUAAGGUGCAAGAACAUAUGCGUAUCGGAUUGUUGGAUCCACGCUGGGUCGAGCAGAGAGACAAGCAUCUGGAUAAAUUGGCGCAGGAGACUGUAUUCGCACCGGGCACGGCGAUCGAGGCGAGUCUCAAGCAACUUGCCGAGAGGCGUACCGAUAUCUUCGGUGUAGGCGAUGAAGAAACUGCAAUUGGUAAGAAGAUUGGCGAAGAGGACAAAAAGAAGGAUGACAAGGUUACAUGGGACGGUCACACCUCGAGUGUGGAAGCAGCGACGAGAGCAGCGCGGGCCAACAUUACGCUUGAAGAACAAAUUCAUCAGAUACAUAAGGUCAAGGGUCUUUUGCCUGAUGAGGAGAAGGAGAAGAUCGGUCCGAAACCAGUAAAUCGCGCAACCGAGCUUUCUCAUAUGGCUGCUGCCGCUUCAAAGCCGCAAGCUACAUUGAAAGCACCUCCGAAGCCUCCUGCACCAAAGCCUAUACCAGUACCUACUCAACCUCCUCCACCGCCGACCAUGAGUAUGCCUACUAUGGGUAUACCCCAACCAAUGAUGCCACAGCCACCGAUGAUGAUGAUGGCACCUAUGCCACCUAUGGCGCCUAGACCACCACCUCUGAUGACCCCGGCGAUGUCACCAUUUAUGCCAACGCCACCGCCAAUACAGCCACCAAUGACGGCCGCUAUUGGGUUAAAACAUCCUGCUAGUAAACCAUUGGAAGAUGAACCGCAAGCUAAAAAACUGAGAACCGAGGACUCAUUAAUUCCAGAACAACAGUUUCUUGCUAGAAAUAAGGGUCCUGUACAAAUUAACAUAGCUGUGCCUAUGAUGACAGAGAAGGCUGAAUGGAAAUUGAACGGUCAGACAUUGAAUGUUACUUUACAAGUAAGCGAUACUGUGGCAACUAUGAAAGCGCUUAUUCACGAACAAAUUGGCAUGCCACCUGGGAAACAAAAAUUACAAUACGAGGGAAUGUUCUUCAAAGAUAAUAAUACUCUUGCAUAUUAUAAUUUAACAUCCGGUAAUGUUAUCAACUUGCUACCGAAGGAGAGAGGUGGUAGGAAAAAGUAAAUAAAAGGGUAAAUAUAUAAAUUAAAUAUACAGAAUUAUUAUAAUAGUGAUGUGUUAUAUCAUUUAUUGAUAUAACCCUAACAAUUUUAUUGCUGUAACCAUUUUGAAGUAUCAUAUGAUCAAAAUAUAUAUUGUGUUUAUUCUUAAGAUCAUAUAAUACAUAUAACAAUUAUAAUAUUAAUAAAUAUUACAUCAAAUAAGA